AAAGAAAAUAGACAUCUUGCUACGGAGUAGUCUGUAACUUUGUAUGAUAAGACAUGUAAGACUGUAAUUGAAGUUGAACAGCUUUUCCCACUCAAAUCUCUACAUUCUUCGGCAAAUCUAUCCUCUUUAAAGAUGGAAGCUUUGCAAUGUUUCAGGAAUUUCAGCCAUGUCCCAACCUUUGCUGCAUUCCUCCAUAACCAAUACAACCUCAAUAAAUCGAAAAACCGAUUCAGGGUCGCCGUAAAUUUGAGCAGUGAUGACGACCCUUUUCUUCAAGCUGCCCUGCAUUCUGCUACUCUUCGUUUCCAAGAAACCCAUCGCCCAGACCCUCUUUUCCAUGAUCCUUAUGUGGCUUGCUUGGUUCCUGCAAAUAUUCCUGUCUAUAUGGAGCAGCAUGUGCACCCUUAUUGCCUUGCUACCAAGUUCAUUGAUGAUAGUUUGCUCCAAAAUUUGAGAAAUAACGAUGAACUGAAACAGGUUGUUUUGUUGACAGAUGGUGCCGAUACCCGUGUUUAUAGACUAACUUGGCCAAGUUCUACAUUGAUAUUUGACAUAUCACCAGAUAGAAUCUACUGCAACGUAUCUCAGAAGCUUAAAGAUAUUGGUGCUCAGAUCAGCAGGAGCUGCUUAUUGCUUCAUGUUUCACUAGACUCUUCUAACAUACAAGAAGUCCUGCGUAAGAAAGGAUUUAAUGGUAACCGCCCCAGUAUAUGGGCUCUCCAGGGCCUGCCUUUAAUGACAUUGACAAGUUUUGAAGAUAUUCUGUCUGCUGUCAGUAGUUUAGCCAUGAAGGGAAGUCUUGUAAUGGGAGAAGUCCCUGUCUGUUUAGCAGAAACUGAAGUUGAGCUGAAGACCAGUCAUGAAGAAUGGAUGCACAAGCUUUUCAUGCGCCAUGGAUUUCAGGUUCAUGUGAUCGAUUAUAAAGAUGUGGCUAGUAGUUUGAGUAGAGAUCUAUCAAACGAAACCUCUAGCACUAUGCUCUUUGUUGCAGAGCAUAUGAGAUUUUCUGAUGAUCAGAUGGAAAUGUGGCGAAGUGAAUUUCAAAGGACUGAAGAGGAAGCCGACGAAGAAGGGUUUGAAGAUCUGUAAACAUAUUCAAGGAGUUUUCAAUUAUAAGUUGUAAGCAUUCAAACAAUUUUGAAGUCCAAAAAAUAUUCAAUUAUUAGUGAUGGAAUAUAAUUUUAAUGUUGUUACUCACAAACACAAACGGAAACUUUUUUUUUUUUGGUUGGUAAGGGAGAAGGGCCCUACCGAGCCUGAACCUUUCACAGGUCCUUCCGGCCCGGGUUAGCGGGCUAGACAAUUCGGAGGAGGGGGGGGGGGUAAGAGAAUCCCACUCCCCCAAAUUGUCACUAUUGAGUAUUGAACCUCCCCAACCUCAUGGUUGGAAGGUACUCUCCUUUCCACUAGACCAAGCUUGGCUUGGUAAUACAAACGAAAUUAAUAUUCCAGAAUCAAAAUACUCUCACUAUAUUACAAUACUUGUAUUACAAUUACAUUGGUUAAAUAUAAUCAGUA